AUGGGUAUUUCCCAAACUAGUUCAGAAGGGUUUAUUUGUGAACAGGUAUUGGUAGAGAACGGAACAAAAGCUGGGCACUGCCUUCUUAUGGAUGCCAGGGACCUCGUCCUUAAGGGAAAAGAGAAGUCACCUUUGGACCCUCGACCUGGCUUUGUCUUUGCCCCAUGUCCACAUGAACUUCCCUGUCCCCAGUUGACAGCCUCUAAGCCCCUGGCCUGUAGCUUUUCUCAAGCUUACCACUGCAUCCCCUUCAGCUGGAACAAGAAGAAGCAAAAAGAGGAAAAGUUCUCAAUGGUAAUUCUUGCCCGGGGGUCUCCAGAGGAGGCUAAUCGCUGGCCCCAUAUCACUCAGCCUGUCCUUAAACGGCCACGCCAUGUGCAUUGUCACCUGUGCUGUCCAGAUGGACAUAUGCAGCAUGCUGUGAUCACAGCCCGCCAGCAUGGCAGGGAUUUGUAUCGUUGUGCUCGAGUCAGCUCCUGGGGAGAUCUUUUACCUGUGAUCACACCUUCAGAGUCGGAGCUUCCUCUGUCCCCUGCUGACGACAAGGAUUUUCUUACUUAGGCCUGCCAAGGCUGAAGCUCCCUGGUAUCCAGGGUGGGAGUACUGGCAGCCCUAUGUAUGUUUGCUUGAGGCUUUAAUAAUAAUAAAAAGUUUUCAAAGAAUA